UCCCUGCACCAGAAUGUCAGUUAAAUAAUUGGCCUCCAACCCACCAAAGUGUGAAGUUAAUUAGAAUGAGUUGUAUUGACUACUCUCAGACAGCUGAGAACCACCAGUGUCUUCUGAUACUAGUCAAACAUGUUGGUACACAACUCCACAAUAAAACAUUCCUGUAUCUCUGGGAACGUGUACGGAGGGUUUCCACCGUUCACAUUCCAAACCAUCAACGCACCAUUUGGUUGCGUUAUAAGCGGGUUUAUCCUGUGGACAACAACGAAUGGGGAGACUUCCAAGCACAUCGCAAAGUUCUGGGCAUUAUCUGUGUUGGAAAAUGUCGUAACAUGAAAGAAUUUGAAGAAAUUUUUGAGAAUUACAAAAAGAUAAAAGAGGACUAUGCAAGUACAAUAUUUAACUCCCGUCUUAUUGUGUUUGGUAUGAAUCGAGAUGGCACACCAAUGGAGGAAAUCCAUAGUGAAGAAGACCAAAAUCAGAAGAAGACCAAAUCAGAAGAAGACCAAAAUCAGAGAUCCCAAACCUCUUGUGAUCUGUCUGACACAGAUACAUCAUCCAAGUCAAAUGCCAGUUCUCCGGACUGUGACAAGUCUCUUUUAGACAAUUCACCAUCUUCAACAAUUGAUAGUGAUAUCAGCCUCCCAGAAAGAGAUUCAGGCAACAACAAUCCGGAGCUACCAACUUUCUCUAGAACUGUUUCCAAAGAGAACACUGGCGCUGAGGUGGUAUUCUACCCAGAUACUGAGGGAACAAUAGACUUAGAGGAACGACUUCGAGAGUUGAUAAUUUCCCUGUUCUUUGUGCUGGAGGGCAAGCGGCUGGAUCGUUCCUUCGAAAGAACAGAGAAACUACAGAUGUUGUGUGCACCAUUUGAGAAACGAGAUCUUCAAGGAAUUGAUACAGACAGCAAAGCUUAUAAAAAGAAAUGCACGGGUCGUCUACGUAAACAUCUUGCUGACCUUUGCUUACAAGCUGGUUUACCAGGCGAGGCUAUUCUACACUAUCAGACCUCACUGGACAUACUAAAGACAGUCAAUGAUUGGCUGUGGAUUGGGGCUUGCUACGAGGGUCUCUCCUCCUCAUCGGUAAUUCUCACUUAUCCACAGCAGACAGGUAGUCCAACAUUACGAAGAAAUUUAUCAUUUUGUGUUAAAAGAUCCAAAUCUAAGAUGGAUGACAUAAAAAGUCGAACAGGUGUACCUCUGCACAUCAAGCGAAGCAUAAGUAAUGGUUAUGAUGGAAUAGGAACACAGCCGAAAUCUUGUUUAGACCCAGAUGACAUUAUAGAGAAAUAUAAAGAAGCUAUUAUGCAAUACAGCAAAAGCAAAGCUGCAGCUGUGAUAGAAAUGGAGGCCAGUAUAAAAGCUUGCCGGGUAUUAAUACUACAACGGAAAUACCUUCAGGCCUCUGACUUCCUCCAGAAUGUGAUGUACAUUAAUGUUCAAAGCACUAAUGAAGAUAAGAUUCAGCGCUACAGUACAUUAGCAAGCCUAUACUCACAGAUAUGUUUCCAUCGUAAAGCAGCAUUUUAUCGACGUAUUACUGCACUUCAGAGUGUCAACCCCCAAGUUGCUCAACCUAAUUGGUACCAAUGUUAUACCCUCUUACUGCAGGCCCUUGAUGGCUAUGGUGUCACUAUGGAUCCACGACAGUUUACUAAAAAUGAACCCUGUGGAUGGCCUGUGCUGCAGAUGAAGGUACUUCAAGAACUUAUAUUCUCAGCCAAGAGGAUGGGCAACCCUCAGUUAUCAGUCCGACACAUGACGUUCCUACUACACUCCAUGCUUGAUCACAUGUCACCCCAGGAGAGGAGAGAUGUUGCCACUACCCUCAAAUCCAAUACAGCUCGUUGUGAAGGAAUUCCUCAACCCCUUGCCACAGAUAGCGGCAUAAUCUUCCCUCCAGUUUCCCUGACAAAAUUGCCUAUUGUGAAGUCUUUUAAGCUCAUUAAUGUUGCUGGUCACUGCUGUCCAGUUAAACUGCCGUCCAGUGAAAAUGUAACCAGUACAGAAUCUGACCGUCAAGGUCUGUUUAUCUAUACACCUCUAACCUUUGGUGAUGUAAUCUAUGAUGAUAAAGUUCCCAGUAAAGUAGAUUUCCUUUGGGUUGCUGGAGAUGUUUGUGAAGUUCACCUAGAAGUCUACAACCCUAUGCCUGAUGAUCUGCAUGUUACACAAAUGAGUUUAUUAACAGAUGGGGUAGAUAUGGAUGUGUUUCCAAUAAAUGCUGUAAUCCCCACUGAAUCGAAACAUCAUCUGAUCAAACUUUCUGGCAUUCCAAAGACAAGUUCUGACCUCAACAUAUAUGGUUAUGUCAGCUAUGUUUAUGGAGUACGCAGCCAUUGUAAACUGAAAGAUAUUCCAUAUUUGCACAAUGUACAACAUGUCAUAGAAGUAGUGCCUGCUUUACCCCACAUCCAAGUCAGUACAAACCUGCCCAAGGCACCAAAUAGUCCUCCAAAGUCUUUGGAUGGCAAAGAUAUUGUUGCUAGUGCUGUGGCAGUUCUCUAUGCUGGUCAAAGUGUUAACUGGAUAGUCACUAUCAACAACAUCGGCAGCCAGAAGGUUGAGAUGCUUGAGUUAUCUCUUUCCUGUAAAACAGAAUAUCGUCGUGCUUUACAAAAAGUGGUGCUAUGGAACCAGGAAGCUAUUAACUGCCAGCUUCCUCUAAAGCCUGAUGAAUCUACUAAUAUCCCUGUCAGUCUUAAUGGUUAUAACUAUUUCAAUUCAGACUUGGAUUACUCUGACGCAUCCAGCUUCACCCCAACACAUUCCAACACUGCCACUUCCAAGAGCAGUACUGCUCCAAAGAAGUCUAUAGAAGCAACUGUGACAAUAAGCUACAGUGGCGGUCCUGGUUAUCAAGAGUCUUUCUGCCGCCAAUGCGCUAUCAGUCUGCACUUUGAGGUCUUACCAACUGUAACAGUGCAACGGUGGGAUGUUGUGCCUGGUGGAAGUUAUGACCGUUGCUUCCUAUUAUUUGACUUACUGAAUCAGUCAGGCCAUCAAACUGAGGUACAGUACACUGAUGGUGGACACAUUAUUAUUGAGCCUUCACAGUGCAGAAGAAUAGGCAUUCCAUUCACAAGAUGUCACUUACCUGAACAGGAUGACCAGUGUGUGGUGAAGAAAGCUACUACAUGUGAUGUUGUGUGUCCUGUGGUUAUUGAACCUGUCGAUGUAUGGAAAAUGUACAUUUUCAAUUGUAUUGACAUUAGGUGGUCAAUUCCAGCUGUGAGUGCUACUGGAAAAGUCUCUCUUGAUAACAUAGUGUGGGGCACAUCACAGAUGAACUUGAUGAAGCUCAGUCCUAUCAAAUGGACUGUGGUUGUGAACUCCCAGUUUUUUGAUGUGACCAACGUACCCCAGGUCACAGUUGGAGAGUUAACCAGCCUACAUAUUACCAUGAUGAAUGCCGACAAUGUGGAUGCCUACCAAGCUGAACUAAAUAUCAGUUGUUAUCAAGAUCUUGGCUGUGGUAGUUCAUGGUAUAGUACAGAGCAGCAAAGUUCUAUUAUUGGUAUCAGAUCACUGAAGAUUGACAAGCUGGCCCAAGGUAACAGUAUCAGCCAUGAGUGCCAUCUCUUAUUUUACCACAGUGGGGUUUACAAAUUUGAUAUCCAAUGUGCCUACCAGCGGCAGCCUUCAAAAACAAGCAGGACAACUGUCUCCAAAUGUACAACAUCGUCACCAGUGACUAAAAUGAAAGACAAUAGCUACGGUGGUGAUGGCAGCACCAGUCAGGCUGCAGCGGGGGAACCUGUUAACCUUGGACGCACAUCUUGGAAGUGUACUCCUAUUGUACUGAUUAAGGUUCUCGAGUCAAGAACUCAUCAUUUGUAAAACAUUAUUGACCAAUUGUAAAUCAUUACUUGGCAACAUUUCCAGUUAACCCAGCAAAAGAAAAAGAGAAGCCACUCAGCAGCCCUAAAUAAUAAAGAAAGUUCCUUGAAAACAAAGUGACUUUUGUGAAUGAAUAACGCAUCUUGUACAGGAAGUUCUUCAAGGAUUUCAGAGAAAUAAUUAUAGGAUUUAUAAACGGUUCAUUAUUACAAAGUUAUUAUUUCUGUCGUAAAUAAAUAAAUUUUCUAAUU